AGCCCAGGAGUCUCACACAAGAAGACCCUGUUUAUGUGAAUUUUGUGGUUAAGCCUCAUAAAUUGCCAGGUGCCACCUGAAUUUGAGAGUGCUGUAUUCUUUUUAGUUGAAGUAACCUGUGGUUAGGACCAGGGUGGUACUGGGAAUUUAGAAGGACAGGGAUAAGUGAGAUAAACAGCUUUACAGUGGCUUUUAGAAGAGGGAACACAGAAAGAGCAAGAGCAUGCAGGAGGGAGAGCAAGCUUGACAUUGGGAGCAAACCGGGCAGACGUUGCAGCAGCCUCUACAAACUGACAGUGAGCUAAAGGUGAUUUGGUUUCUGCCAGAUUGCAGAUGUCAGUAGCACCACAAAUGGACCUGCCUGAAGAAAUUCAGCAUCUGUAUACCAAUUUUUCUGAAUGGAAAUUCAAGCUGUUUAAAGUGAGAUCAUUUGAAAAACUGCCUUCUGAUGACAUAAACACAGGGAAGGCAGAAGAAGUUGCUUCUUCAAGCAAAGAAAUCAUACUGUGUAAAGAUGAAGCAGUGCCAAGAGGAGAAAACACGGACUUAAUGGGCAAUAGGCAGGUACUUGAGAAUGAUGACAAAAACAUGAAAACACAGGACAAUAAAGCUCAUCAGAACAAUCUGAAGCAACUUUGCCGCAUCUGUGGAGUUUCAUUUAAAACUGAUUGUUACAAGAGAACUCACCCAGUGCAUGGGCCGGUGGAUGAUGAAACUCUGUGGCUUCUGAGGAAGAGAGAGAAAAAAGCAACCUCUUGGCCAGAUCUUAUCUCUAAGGUUUUUAAGAUUGAUGUGCGAGGGGAUGUUGAUACUAUCCAUCCCACUCGAUUCUGUCAUGACUGUUGGAGCAUUAUCCAUAGAAAAUUCAGUAAUACUCCAUAUAAAGUAUGUUUUUCUAGGAACAGCACGAAGGAGUGGCAACGCCACUCUUCAAACUGUGAUGCGUGCCACACUACCCGUCAGGGAGUCAAGAGGAAAAGUCAGCCACCCAGUGUACAAUAUGGCAAGCCUGCGAAAACUGUUGCAGAAUGUGCUCAAAUAAACAGAAAUGUAAAGAAUCAAGCACAGAUAAACAAAAAAUUAAUGAAAGAGAUUGUCAGUUGCAAGAAUAUACAUCUCAGUACCAAGCUCCUUGCAGUUAAUUACCCCAUAGAUUUCAUUAAAUCUAUCUCUUGCCAGAUCUGUGAGCAUAUUUUGGCAGAUCCAGUGGAAACAUCAUGUAGACACUUGUUUUGCAGAACCUGCAUCCUUGAAUGUUUCAAGGUUAUGGGCAGCUAUUGCCCCUCCUGCUGGUAUCCUUGCUUUGCUACUGAUCUGAUCACCCCAGUGAAAUCCUUUCUGAACAUCCUUGAUAAUCUGGGUAUAAGAUGCACUGUAAAGGAAUGUGAGGAAGAGAUCUUGCAUGAAAAAUAUGGUCAACACCUCUCCAGCCACAAGGAGAUGAAAGAUAGAGAGCUCUACAGGCACAUAAAUAAAGGUGGCCGACCAAGGCAGCAUCUCCUGUCUUUGACCAGGAGAGCUCAGAAACAUCGUCUGAGAGAACUGAAGCAUCAAGUCAAGGUUUUUGCUGAGAAAAAAGAGGGAGGUGAUAUAAAAUCUGUAUGCAUGACUUUGUUUCUGCUAGCUUUAAGAGCAAAAAAUGAACACCGACAAGCAGAUGAAUUGGAGGCUAUAAUGCAAGGGAAGGGAUCUGGACUUCACCCUGCGGUCUGCUUGGCAAUUCGAGUCAACACGUUUCUCAGCUGUAGCCAGUAUCAUAAAAUGUACAGAACAGUAAAAGCUGUCACUGGAAGGCAGAUCUUUCAGCCUUUGCAUGCUCUUCGCACUGCUGAGAAAGCCCUACUACCAGGUUAUCAUCCAUUUGAGUGGAAACCUCCCUUGAAAAAUGUAUCCACUAACACAGAAGUGGGAAUUAUAGAUGGACUAUCAGGAUUGUCACUCUCAAUUGAUGACUACCCAGUAGACACAAUUACAAAGAGGUUUCGGUAUGAUGCAGCCUUGGUUUGUGCCUUAAAGGACAUGGAGGAGGAGAUCUUGGAAGGCAUGAAAGCGAAAAACCUGGAUGACUAUUUGAAUGGUCCCUUCACUGUGGUAGUGAAAGAGUCCUGUGAUGGAAUGGGAGAUGUCAGUGAAAAGCAUGGAAGUGGGCCUGCUGUCCCAGAGAAGGCUGUUCGCUUUUCUUUCACAGUCAUGAACAUUGCUAUAGCACAUGGGAAUGAAAGCAAGAGGAUCUUUGAAGAAGUAAAGCCCAAUUCAGAGCUGUGUUGCAAGCCCUUGUGCCUUAUGCUGGCUGAUGAAUCAGAUCAUGAAACUCUGACGGCAAUCCUGAGCCCCCUCAUAGCAGAAAGAGAGGCUAUGAAAAACAGUGAACUGCUACUUGAAAUGGGAGGCAUCCUGAGAACAUUCAGAUUCAUCUUUAGGGGUACAGGGUAUGAUGAGAAACUUGUGCGGGAAGUGGAAGGGCUGGAGGCCUCUGGUUCCACUUACAUUUGUACCCUGUGUGACGCAACCCGUCUGGAGGCAUCCAAGAAUGUGGUCUUCCACUCCAUAACCAGGAGCCAUGGUGAAAAUCUGGAGCGAUAUGAAAUAUGGAGGUCCAACCCAUAUCAUGAAUCUGUUGAUAAGCUCCGUGACAGAGUAAAGGGUGUUUCAGCCAAACCUUUUAUAGAGACCAUUCCCUCCAUAGAUGCGUUGCACUGUGACAUUGGAAAUGCAGCAGAAUUCUACAGGAUUUUCCAGAUGGAGAUUUGUGAAUUUUUUAAGAAUCCUGAUGUGUCUAAAGAGGAGAGGAAGAGGUGGCAGUUGGCACUUGACAAACACCUCAGGAAGAAAAUGAACUUGAAGCCUAUGAUGAGGAUGAGUGGAAAUUUUGCUAGAAAGCUCAUGUCCAAAGAGACAGUAGAGGCAGUAUGUGAAUUAAUAAAGUGUAAAGAAAGGCAUGAGGCCCUAAAAGAACUAAUGGACCUUUAUCUGAAGAUGAAGCCAGUGUGGCGAUCCUCAUGCCCUGCUAAGGAAUGUCCAGAAUUGCUGUGCCAGUAUAGCUAUAAUUCACAGCGUUUUGCCGAGCUCCUAUCUACAAAGUUCAAGUACAGGUAUGAAGGCAAGAUUACAAAUUAUUUCCACAAAACCCUUGCUCAUGUUCCUGAAAUCAUUGAAAGAGAUGGGUCCAUUGGGGCCUGGGCAAGUGAAGGAAAUGAGUCUGGAAACAAACUGUUUAGGAGGUUCCGAAAAAUGAAUGCCAGGCAGUCCAAAUGCUAUGAGAUGGAGGAUGUCUUGAAACAUCACUGGCUAUAUACCUCAAAGUACCUCCAGAGGUUCAUGAAUGCCCAUAAAACAUCAAGAAAACAGGGCUUCACCACUGAUCCAGAGGAUACUUUAGGUGACUCCGUGCCACUGGAUAGCUUGGAAAGCAAUGAUUCAGGGGAAGUCUAAAUGUAAAGGAGCAUUUGUUGUUGGGUUUAUAAUGGUGUUUUCCUGCAAGGAGGCAGCUUCUUUUUCAGGCCUGUAGAGCUACAGGGAAGUGUGAAAAUAUAAUUUCUCCACUCCUUUUUAAAGGUGCUGAGUGGAGUUAAGCACCAUGUCUGUUGGGAUUUUCCAAGAGGCAAUGCAUUAUGUGUUGUGUGUUGGUAUCUGGUAACCCAUGUGUCAUGUGAGAUGAAAGCAGGAACAAAUUGAAAAGAAGGGUCUUCAAUUUAUUUUGGUCUUAACAUGUUGCUUAGAAGUGAGACAGCCAGUGUAAACAAGGUUUAUAUGAAGUAGCAUUUUGGAAUGAAUAUGUUUGUGGGGAGUUAUGACAGUUGCUGAAAAAGGGAGCAGGCUGUUUGUUCUUAAAACUAUUUUGCUUUUUACUUUUUAAGAGGGUUUGAUUAUUUUAUUAACAGUCCCUUGGCUUUUAUAAGUAAAGGUUCAUCAGUAAGAAAUUUUGGUAUUUGUUUGGGGACAAAGUUCACUUAUUUUUGUAUAAAAUGCUGAGUAAAGAUGCAAAAUUUGAUCUCACACACUUUAAAAAAUAUUAUUUAACAUUUCUAUUGUAGUAUGCUUAGGAGCAGAUGGUGGUAUCACAGUGCUCAUUUCCUAUAUGAAGAUAGAGGAAAGGUAGCUGGAAUUUCUUAAAGAUAUUUUUAUCAUAAAUAAUGCAAACUAAAAUGCAAACUCGUGCUCCUAAAUCGGGAUUGACAGUGCUUUGUGGUUGGUUAUUUCACUAUAAAAGUACAUUCAAGCUCUGCUGUGAAGCUUGGUGCUUUACAAGCAUUUUAGAUUUCUAUGGUAACUUUGGUAUAGUUUGUAUUAGUAUUUGUAUUUGUAUUAGUGAAUUCCUGGUGUCCCUGAAGUCACCAGUAAAUUGUAAUUAAAACCAGCAGGCCCACAGUUUCCCCAAAUACCUUUAGUCACAGCAGACCCAUUUCUCAGGAGGUGGAUAUUACCUUGAUCAGAUACAUGCCAUUGUUCUGAUCUUCUCUAUUAGGGUAUUUCACUGACCGCUACUGAUGUCCUCCAGUUGUAUCCAACGUUGAGCUUUUCCCAUCUGUGAUACACCACACUCAUAGUCUCAUUUUCCAAAUCAUAAAAGAGGAAUGGUAUUUAUUAACCUCAAGGAUAGCUGGUGUACAAGAUGAGUUAAAAAGCAAAUUGUCUUGAGAUUACUGCAUAUUGUAUUUCAUGUUAUUACAGAAGUGUUUAGUAGGCAUUCCUCCUUCAUACUGUAUUAGUUGAAUAGUUUUGCUGGUUGUAUUUGCCUUUCUGAAGUGGUAUCUAGUAUAUUAAUAUACUAAAUUUAUCUGACUUUAAUUCAAUAUUAAUAGAAUAAUAGAAUAAUAGAAUGAUUUGGGUUGGAAGCUCAUCCAGUUCCAACCCCCUGCCAUGGGCAGGAACAUCUUUCACUAGACCAGGUUGCUACAAGGCACGUCCAACCUGGCCUUGAACGCUGCCAGGGGUGGGGCAGCCAUAGCUUCUUUGGGCAACCUGUGCCAGUGCCUCAACAACCUCAUAUUCAUGAAAUAUACUCAGAAGUACCUGAAAUGGACUGAAAUCAUCUAGCCUUUCAGCUCUGCACCUGUACCUAGGGCAUUACUGUGCUUGGAGCAAUCUUUCUGAAGCAAGAUUAAAUGCAGAAACAAUCAAAGCAUGGAUCUAAACGAAUCUGCUUUUCAUUUUCAUUUUGAUGUGGCAGAAGUUGUUUUAUGAAUGUAAGUUAACAGCAACUUAAUGGUCUGAGAUUAGUAGUAUCUUGUUCAUGUUACUUACUAUAUCCUUGAGGGUCUGGUAUUUACCAUUUAUGCAAUGAAAAAAUAAAGUGUUAGCAAGUAGUACCAAUAUUGAUGUUAUUAUGUCUUGAUUUUCUUAAUUAAAGUAUUUUUAAAGUUUUCUGUGAUUUAGGAUUUUAUUUUUAUAUGGUUUCUUUAAACAUAGUUUAAUAUUAUGUCAAAAUUUGCAGUUUGAAAUAAUACUUUUUACUUAAAACAUGUACUUUUUAAGCAAUUAGAAGGACUACAACAUCUUUUGUAUAGAGUGACACCUACAUCUGCACUUACAAGUGUUCAUUUCUACAUUAAUUUACAUUUUUUCAAUUCUUGGAAUAAAACAGGUAUUUCCCAUACAGCAUAAAUACUAGCUUUCCAUGAGAAUCAUUCUUUACAAACCAAUGCAGGCAACAAAUACAGCUGUUUCCCAGGGAGUAUAAAUAUCAGGUAUAAAUAGCACCCUUUACCAGUAAAUGCAUAUAUAAUUUGCAUUUUUGGCUGGCAUAUACUUCAUUAUGCAAGUAGUUGCACACUUUUCUUUUUCCUCUGUAUGUAGAUUUGGGACAACCUUAUGCGUUACCCUUGGUUUUUCCUGACUAACCAAGGGCCUGGUUUAACAACCCUGACUCACCUCACAGUGAUUUUCACUCCAAAUGGUGUAUAGGGUUUUGUUGCCUUUUGCACAGGAAUGAAUUUCAUCUCCAAGUAAUCCAAACCUGUUUAUUGUAAUGCAUAUAUGCUACUAGAGAGACAAACCAGACUCUUCAUUUUACACGUAAUUUCAGUGCCUCUGCUAACAUUUUUAAAUUCCAAGUUUGCUUUAACAAGCUGCUGAUGUAACAGCAAGUGAAUCAUCUCACUGCCUUCAAAAGGCUGAGUAAGUAAUAUCCAUACAUGUAUGAUUUUUCAAGAUGAGGCUUAUAUCCUGGGGUAACUCAUCAGACUAAGGAGAAUCUGGAUGGGAACAGAGGAAUGCAGUGGCAUGUGGAAAUACUCUUUUGUGAAAUAUUAUUAAGCCAUCAAGAGACAUUUCACAUUCUACAGCUGUGGGCGGGAUAGCUGACACAAAGAACUGCUUUUUUUUUCACCUUUUCUUUUGGCUUGAAUUUAGUUUAAUCUUCUUUUUCCCCAUUGUUGACAUCUUCUAUGAAUGAAGAAUCUCUCUUGAGAAUUUUGAAGUCUUUAGAACAAUCAGCACUGGAAGGGUAGGUACCUGCAAGUAAUGCUUUUGUAAGUGGUGAUCAAAUAAUGAUGCUGCACGCACACAGCCAUGCAUCAAAGGGCAAACAAAUUCUGACUCUGAACAGGUGCAUCAUUUGGUUAUACAGUAUGAUGUUGAACUUCUGAUUUUGAAAAGGCUUUAGAAAAACAGAGACACUUUUAUUGGUGG